UUCCGUAUCUAAAUUAUCGAUCUGGUUGACGAUUAGGACCUUGCAUCUCGGGGUUUCAUAGGAUAUUUUCUAGAUGUAAAGGCCAUCAUUCUCGUCAUUUUAUCCUCAAGCUUUAGCAUUUAGGAACAAAUGCUUUGUUUAUAGUCUGUCGACUCGGUUUGGCGGUGAAAUUGUGAUGAGUAAACCACGAAAGCGACCGGAUCUGCGCCUGCCGUCCACCUCUGGAUCUGAGCAACUCGGCUCAGCAUGCGCCGCUGGACUGGAUGGAGACAAGUCCAACACAGGAACUGCAAGCCUUGAGGCAUUGCAGCAGAAACUUAAAGAAUUGGACCUGAAUGACCAGCAAAGAGAGAGACUUGAAUCUUUCCUCACACAGAAACAACAAGUGGGAGAGCUAUGUGCUGAGGAUUUUGAGAAGCUUGGAGAACUUGGAGCAGGCAAUGGCGGGGUUGUUCUAAAAGUUCGUCACAGCAAACUGGGUCUAGUUAUGGCCAGAAAGCUCAUACACCUUGAAAUAAAACCAGCAGUCCGCAAUCAAAUCAUCAGGGAACUCAAAGUCCUCCACGAGUGUAACUCUCCUUUUAUCGUAGGUUUUUACGGAGCAUUCUACAGUGAUGGUGAAAUCAGCAUUUGUAUGGAAUACAUGGAUGGAGGGUCAUUAGAUCUGAUCCUGAAAAAAGCGGGACGGAUACCGGAACAAAUCCUGGGCAAAGUUACAGUGGCUGUUUUAAAAGGACUGUCCUACCUGAGGGAAAAACAUCAAAUAAUGCAUAGAGAUGUUAAACCCUCCAAUAUAUUAGUGAACUCACGUGGAGAGAUAAAGAUCUGUGAUUUUGGUGUGAGUGGUCAACUCAUAGAUUCCAUGGCCAACUCCUUUGUAGGAACUCGAUCUUACAUGUCGCCGGAGCGUCUCCAGGGAACCCACUACUCUGUACAGUCAGAUAUCUGGAGUAUGGGGUUGUCCCUGGUGGAAAUGGCCAUCGGUCGGUACCCUAUCCCUCCUCCGGACCCUAAAGAUCUUGCCAGCAUUUUUGGUGAUGAUGUAUUAGAAGAACAUAAAGAAGCAUCUAAAACAGGAAAACCACUCAAGGGAUCAAACAGAAAUAGCUUUAGCUUCCCCACGCCGCCCGGCAGUGAUGGACCACGCCCCAUGGCCAUUUUUGAGCUUUUAGAUUUUAUUGUCAAUGAGCCUCCGCCUAUGCUUCCAAAAGGGAAAUUUACUGAAGAAUUCAUAGAUUUUGUUGACAAAUGUCUGAAGAAGAACCCAUCAGACCGAGCAGAUCUUUCCUCAUUAAUGAAUCAUCCCUUUGUGACCCGGUCAGAGACAGAAGAUGUGGACAUCGGCCACUGGGUGUGUAAAGUGAUGAAGACAAAUGCAGAGACCUAGAGAAAUAGGUCAGUUCUAGCUGCGGUUUACGACGUCACACCUAGAGAGGUGUUGUAAUGGCUGGUCCCCAGGAUCGACUGCUGACCAUGUAUAGGCUGCUGGACUUAUAUCACUUAUAUAUCACAGUAUAUAGGAUGUUGUAACACAGGUGUGAUGAGGGGCCACUGUGUAACAUAGGGGGCAGUGUCGCCCCAUAUUUUCUGCAUGUAUGUGCAUGCACACACACACACACCCGCACCCUCACACUCAUUGUCUGUGAAUUAUUUUUUUUAAUGGAGAUAAACGUUACGAUAGAUACAGUAAAACUUUCAGACUUCUACCAUAUAACGCAAGGGAGUUUAGAUCAGUCUUUACAAAAUAUGAACUUAUUUUUAGAUUACACAAUAUAAAGAUUGAUCUAUUUGGAAUGUGUGGAGAGAUGGAUGUUUUGAAGGUUUCGAUGGAAUGUCUCGUCUUCCAAACGGUUAUCUUUGUGCUGGUAUCUUUAUCUUUGUGUUAAAGACUGAGUACUGUGUUUUAUAGUAAUGCUUCUGGAGGCAAACUUGUUAGUAUCUGUUUGAUAAUUUCUGUAACAAUUCUAACUUUUUGUUUGUAUUUUGAACUCAACUAUGAAGGGUAUAGGUUGUUGUAUGAUGCAGCUACACAGAUAUCAUUGUAUGAUUAUUUUACCAGCAUCAUUCCCUUCAAAUAUGGAAUCAAUACUUCCAACUUUUGGCCCGGUUUGACAUAAUACAAUGCUGUUUAUCUUCAAUACUUACCUGAUUUAUUCCAAACUUAUUAACCUAUUUUAUUUUUAAUGAUUAUGUUUUGCUAAAAAAACAGUUGCUAUUCUUCAUCUAUUUUCAUUGGUAGCAACUGUCAGUGUAUAAAAAUCCAGUUCAGUAAAACUCUACACUAUUUGGACCUGAGAUGGAAAAUUUUAGUUUGAUUUUGUAACAACUUUAAGCUACAUCAUGUUGAUGGUAUCAUGAGGUUGAGAUCUACCAAAUUUCUGAGGCAAAGGGUACCGAUCUAUCAUGAUCAGUUGUGAUAAUUUUUUUUUUAGAGGAAAGUGAUUUUGUGUAGGAAGAGUUGCUUCCCUUGUCACAGUUUUUUUGAGUGAAAUCUUUCAAAAUUCACCUGGAACGAAUCAAUAUUGGGUGAUGAAGACCCAGUAUUGUAUAGUGGAUCACUGGUCAGUAUUUAAUUCAGAAUCUGUAAGUUGCAUUUUAUACUGAAAUUUACAUGGCUGAAUGCUUCUGUGGAAAGGAAUUGGAAGAAACACUAUUAUAGAAAAAGAGGCAUUAGUACUCUUUACGUUAGGGUCUUUUUGAGCCUGUAACAGUGAUUGAAAUACAUCAUGUAGAAAGAACUGAGAUUCUGCCGUAAAUGUAUGCAAUAUAAAAGUGUGUAUUUCUCAAAUAUGGUUUCCAUGUCAUCAUAACAAUGUUACAUGUCAUAAUAAUUAUCUAUUUAAUAUUAACGUGUAAAUAGUUUCUGUAAGAUAUGAUCAAGUUUAUGUCCUGGUAUAUAUUAUAAAGAUUGUGCUAUCAGCAACUUGUUAUAUGCAGUUAAACUCUAUUUUAUCAGUUAAGUUGGUAUUGUCGGAGUCGUCAUUCCCCACCAAACCUGGAUAUCCCGGGAUAAUACGUGUUUUAAUUCGGUAAAUACUUCUCAAUAGUCAUGACAUGGCAAGAUUUUCGUGUUGUUGCUGAUUUAUCAUUAAUUUGUUGACAAAUAAUUUCUUCGUAAAUUGUUGAUUUUCUUAACAUGAAAAAAACAUGUUGGUAGUGGAGCGAGCCCUGUACAUGUGUAGAUAUCUGUAAUGGUUAACUGAUGUGUAUGUUGGUAUUGUCAAGUUUAGCCACAUGCUGGUGUGGACAACGCUCUGUUUUAGUAUACAGUUUCAAUGCAUAUCAUGAUCACUGAAGUUUUUGCAAUAAAACAUCAGGAUCACUGAAGUGUUUGUAAUACAUGUUAUCAUAGUCACUGACAUAUUUUCGUAGUACAAUAUCAUGAUCACUUUAAAAGAUAGUUUGAUAUAAAAUCUUGAUCACUUAGAAGAUUAUGUAACAGAGCACUUGAUUAAUUAAAUUUAAAUCACUGCUUCCCCUAGGGAUCGAACCCAGGACCUCUAGCUAACUAGUCUUACACUCAAUGGAUCAGGGCUAAAGAGAAGAUAUCUCUAGCCGAGUGGUAUAAUGCAGCUAGUAUUCAUCAGGGUUACAUUUAAAAAAAAAUAUCCGGGUCUCUUAAAUUUUUGUAAUACACUGUAACAUAAUGUCAAUAUCAUUGAAGCAUUCGUUAUGAUCACUAAAAUGUUUAUAUAAUGCAUGUUACUGUUGUCCUAUUAUUUAGGCCAAUUAAGUUAAAUGUUCACCUAAUGAAAAUAUGUCGAGUAAUAAAACUGUCGAGAUCACUAAAACGUUUGUAAAACAAGAUGGUUAUCACUAAACGUUUGUAAAACUGCAGUAAGGAUUGUUAUUUGAUUGUAUAUGACAUGUUUACUUGAGAGAUUAUGAUAUAUAGAUACCUUUAAAAUCAGGUAUAAUUAGUGGUCAUAGUAGUUAGGUGAGUGAUGGUGCUGUAUCUAUGUGUAUGUCCAUCUGGAUAAAUUCAGACACAAUAUCCAUACAACAUUCCUUUAUUGCUGCCUAGUCUUGUGUUUAGCCUCUGUAUGUAUGUGUAACUGCAGAUUUUUUUUCUCUCUGUUAAAAGUGCUUCAUAAAUUUUAAUUCUUAUGAUAUUAUGGUCAUUUUUCUGGUGUGACUUUUUCUUAGGCCUUAGUCUUUCUUUGAUAAGGAAAUUUCUAAAAAGUCUUUGGUAAUAUGUGUUGGAUUUCAGGACUGUGAUAGUGGAAUGGCAUUACAGAGAAUGGUCCAUUGUUGUUUACAACUGGUGAAUUGUUUGUUGCUUUCCUUUACUACUUUCACUUGUUUGUCAACAUUGGAGCAUAUAGAACAGUAUGAUCUGAAUUGUUGAUUUUUUCACACAUAAAUUAUUUCAUUGUUUUAACUUUAUACUAAUUAAUCAGAUGUUUCUGACAUGUGUAUAUGUAAUCUUUAUACUAGUACGCAAAGUAAUAAAGGACAUCAUUCCCUGUUGACUAAUUCAAAUUGUGAAAGAAAUUUGACGUCACCACUUGAUAGAUAAGAGGCAUGUACAUUGACAAGUACAUACAACAAUGAUGUCUAGUUACUCCUGCUAGUCGAUAUUGAUAUGCUUUUUCAAGGGGAACCAUUUCUAAAUAUGGAUUGUAAAGUUUUGUCUUGAUUUUGUAUAUUAACUAUGGUAAUAUGGUACUACUGUAGUAACAAUUGUUGUACGGAUUGUUAUAUACAUAAAAGUCAGUAUUAUGUAUAUAUAACAAACCGUAACAAGAAUGGUGACAAAAUGUACCUUUUUUUGAUAGUUGGAAAGUAAAUGCCAUUGGUGAUUUCAGUUUGCAUAUAGUGUUAAUAUUUAUUGAACAAAUUAGCCAAAUUGUAAAAGCAGAGCUCCUACAGUUUGACAUUCUGUUAGUUGUAAUAUUAGUGUGUUAAUAGAUCUGAAACACUUAAGCAUUAUUUAGUUUCCUAUUAUCUGUAAGUGAAAAAAAACUAAUAAACAUAAUAAAAAAUCAACUGAAUUUUCAAA